UUAUUUAUAUUUCCUGACUCGUUUCGUUGAACAUAAUUUACAUAUAUAAUUCUGUGUUUAAUUCAUAAUCCGAUAUUAUGAUCGAACGUUUAUCUAGUAACUGUGCCAAGAAGUUGAAUGAGCGAAAAACUAACGCAAAAUAUAUAUUUUAGUAGAAUAUUGAUUUUUAUGUGUGCAUUCUUUAUUGCAUUUUUUGUAUAUAAUGGCUAAAAUUUUUCUAAUUUCUAGUGAUAAUAAUGCAUUCUAAAGUUUUUGUCCCGCCUAAAUGGUCAUCACGUGCAUGUGUUUACAGCUACUGUUUCUAUUCGUUUGACGGAGUAUGGAUGAAAUCAACAUGGUGUCAUACCCUGAACAUUAUUCAUCUGAAAGCUAUAGCUCUCCAAGUACAUCACAACCACAAUAUCAGGAACAAACAGGUUUUGAAAAUCAAUCCCAAUUUGAACAACCUAUGACACCAGCAACUCCAACUAAUAUGAGGAUUACAAGAAAUACACGAGCUAGAUUACGUGGAGGACCAAUACAACAACCAAAAUAUAAAGAAAUAGAUACAGAUUAUAUUCCAACUAUUAGUAGUAGUAGAGGAAGAGGAAGUAGUGGACGAGGACGUGGAAAACGAACACAUCAUUCACAUAGUUUAGAAGAUGAAGCUAGUCUUUAUUAUGUCAUUAGGAACAAUCGGUCUUCAUUAACUGUAUGUUGAUUGUCAUGUUUGAAUUAUAAAUGU